AUGGAUGUGCCAGAUCGACCAACAUCCAUGAUUGAUCCUGAGUCCGGAGACUGCAGUCUUCUCCUUUUUCUGGGUGCGCCUGAGCGACAAGCAACCAAGUCGGUGGCUGGCCGAGGGGUAUCCGGUCGAGGUGUACCAUCGAAGGCUAAAGAAUUAGCUGUUCGAGGGGAACCACUAUCGAAUAUUUUCUCGGGACCAGAUGACUUUAGUCCAUAUCUUAUAUUGGAUGCGCCUGAUCGACUAGCUUCCAAAUUCGGGACUUCCCGUAUAGCGCCAUCUCCAGAUGUGUCUGAACGACAAGCAUCUGAAUCCGGGGCGAACGGAAUCUUCAUCCCUCCGAUGGAUGUGCCAGAACGACCAGCAUCCAAGUCCGUGGCUGAUUCUACUGGCCGAGGGGUAUCCGGUCGAGGUGUACCAUCGAAGGCUAAAGAAUUAGCUGUUCGAGGGGAACCACUGUCGAAUCUUUUCCCGGGACCAGAUGACUUUAGUCCAUUCCUUGUAUUGGAUGCGCCUGAUCGACCAGCUUCCAAAUUCGGGACUUCCCGUAUAGCGCCAUCUCCAGAUGUGUCUGAACGACAAGCAUCUGAAUCCGGGGCGAACGGAAUCUUCAUCCCUCCGAUGGAUGUGCCAGAACGACCAACAUCCAAGUCCGUGGCUGAUUCUACUGGCCGAGGGGUAUCCGGUCGAGGUGUACCAUCGAAGGCUAAAGAAUUAGCUGUUCGAGGGGAACCACUAUCGAAUAUUUUCCCGGGACCAGAUGACUUCAGUCCAUUCCUUGUGUUGGAUGCGCCUGAUCGACUAGCUUCCAAAUUCGGGACUUCCCGUUUAGCGCCAUCUCCAGAUGUGUCUGAACGACAAGCAUCUGAAUCCGGGGCGAACGGAAUCUUCAUCCCUCCGAUGGAUGUGCCAGAACGACCAACAUCCAAGUCCGUGGCUGAUUCUACUGGCCGAGGGGUAUCCGGUCGAGGUGUACCAUCGAAGGCUAAAGAAUUAGCUGUUCGAUGGGGACCACUAUCGAAUAUUUUCCCGGGACCAGAUGACUUUAGUCCAUUCCUUGUAUUGGAUGCGCCUGAUCGACUAGCUUCCAAAUUCGGGACUUCCCGCUUAGCGCCAUCUCCAGAUGUGUCUGAACGACAAGCAUCUGAAUCCGGGGCGAACGGAAUCUUCAUCCCUCCGAUGGAUGUGCCAGAACGACCAAUAUCCAAGUCCGGAACUUUCGAAUCUGCUCUAACCAAACUUUCGCUGAAGCUUUGUACUUUGACUUUCGCUAAUCUCUUUCCUUCAACGCUGGUCUUCAACGUAUUAGGUUUUGUCGAUUUCUCGACAGUGUCUACCGAUUUCGCAGUAGACACGACUGAUUUCUCAGCAAGGUUUCUGUGA